AUGACGGGAAAGACACAUACCCCAGAGUCGAGGUCCCACAAGCACCACGACGAGGACAUAAUCGACACCAUCGCUCUCGACUCGGCCUACCGGAACUCGGCCCUCCGUCGCUUCCUCCACAUCCUCGCCACCGCCACCACCCAGCACCCCAUCGAAUCCAUCUCCUUCUGCCUCCUCGUCGCCUCCUUUGCCUAUUUCACCCUCUUCAACACCAUCCGCCACUCGACCUUCUUCGACUCUAACAACGUCGUCGUCUACCAACCCACCACCGUCAUCGCCCACCCCGGCCAAUCCACAUUCCAGCACUUUGACCGACGCUUCUCAAAGAUCCCCCGCAAUGCCCAGCAGCUCCAGCUCAAGCAGGUGGUAGUCACCCCCGACUCUUCCGUCUCUUCCUUGAUUGAUACCGAUUCGACAUCGAUGAAGAACUCUGUCUUGGCCUCUGUCCUUCAGCUCCAGACCAUGAUCGAAGAUCGGGUCCUCGUCUCGCCCAUCCAGCUCUGGGACAGGGAUCUGCAAUCCAUCAUCCGGGACGGCAAGGUUCUUGCUACUGUGACCGAAAACACCGAGACCGUCGACUAUCUCUUCAAGGAUCUUCGCUCGACUGUUAUUAUCACAAACAACAACAAUGCAAGCAGGACAACUGCCAUUCCUGAAACACCCGCAUUGGUUCUUUCGUAUGCGUUUGAUGCCAACGGCCCCUUCCAGUCCCGCCUUGCCCAAGGAUGGGAGUCCAAGGUUGCCCAUCUCGACACCCCCACGAUGAAGUCUCAGUCGCGUCUCCUUGAGGACGAGAAAUCGGCCAUUGCCUGGAUCGGAAGCGCUCUCCUCGAUGUUACCUACAAGAUUCAAGGCCUUGUUCAGAUUGCGAGCACGAUCGACGUGUUUGUCAUCUUGACCGCCUACUUCAUCAUGUUCUGCUCGUUCGGACUCCUCUUCCACAACAUGCGCAAGCUCGGAUCCCAGUUCACUCUCGGAGUCUCGGUUUUGGUUGGCGGCGGGUUCGCCUUCAUGGGCGCCGUCAUUACCGUCCACAACCUCGGUGUUUACGUUAACCCCAUCCAGCUCUCCGAGGCCAUCCCCUUCUUCAUCAUCACCGUCGGCUACGAGCGCGCCUACACCCUCUCCAAGGCCGUCCUCCGCCCCACCCUCGCCACUGCCGAGCGUGUCCCCGAGUCGAUUCAGAAGCACGUCGUCACCGCCCUUGAGUCCGUUGGCCCCAUUCUCAUCCGCAACUGCGCUGUCGAGAUUGCUGUCCUCCUCUGCGGCUUUCUGUCGGGCAUUCCCGGUCUGAAGGAGUUCUGUCUUCUUGCUGCUUUCAUGCUUUUCUACGACCUCGUCAUCCUCUUCACCUUCUACACCGCCAUCCUCACCCUCAAGCUCGAGUUGCGCCGCAUCCGCGAGAGCAGCAAGUCACCCGUCCACUUUAGCGAGUUGACCUUGAAGGCUCUCUUGGGCAACACUGGAUCUGAUGACAACAAGCAGGAUAACAAGAACAACGGUGACAACUUGAAGAGGAGCAACGGCUCUGUUUCUUCUCUUUCCACUACAAAGGCCGAGACUCGUCUUGUUGCUCAGCUCAAGUUGGCCUUGAUCGUCGGAUUCGUCGCUAUGCACUUGUUCAACGUCUGCACCACCUUGACUACCCCCAGCGCUGCCGAUAUCCCCACUGGAUCCUCGGUCGAUGUCACUGGCCCUUCGAUCGCCCCUGUUCUCGAGACCCUCUUGGCCAUCCACCGCACUUCGACCCUCAAGGACAUGCCCAUGAUCGUCGAGGUUGCCCCCGCCCUCUCCUUCCAGCACCUGGCCCCCACCUCGAGUGCCGUUGCCAACUGGACUGAGCGCCCAUUGGAAAAGAUGUUUGCUCUUUGGUCGUACUUGAUUCAGGACCCCGUCAUCUCCAAGUACAUCUCCUUGACCUUGGCAGCUUCGCUCUUGCUCAACGUCUUCUUGCUGAACGUCGCCAAGCAGUCUCGCCAGGCCCCUGCUACUACUGCCACUGUCACCUCUGCCCAUCAGACCACCAACGUUACCUCGCCCUCGACCACCACUGUCACCACUGUUGUCGCCACGACGACCAAGAUUGCCGCCCCCGCCUCGACCCCCAAGCCUCAGCCUACUCAUAUUCAAAAGGUCGAGUCCCUUGCCGAGCCUAAGGCCGUUGUUGACGCUGUUAUUCUCAAGGAGGGCGACUGGGCUAUGGUCCGCUCUGUCGAUGAAUGUAUUGCGCUGAUCAAGUCUCCCGCUGGUGCCACUGCUAUUUCGGACGAGGAGAUGGUUAUGCUGGUCACCAACAACAAGAUCCCCUCGUAUGCUUUGGAGAAGACUUUGGGCGACCUUACCCGCGCUGUCAAGAUUCGCCGUGCCCUGAUUUCCCGUGCCACCCACACCAAGACCCUCGAGACCUCGCUCUUGCCCAUGCACUACUACGAUUACUCCAAGGUCAUGGGCCAGUGCUGCGAGAACGUGAUCGGAUACAUGCCCUUGCCCGUCGGUGUUGCUGGACCUUGCAAUAUUGACGGACAGAUGCUUUACUUGCCCAUGGCCACGACCGAGGGAUGCUUGGUUGCUUCGACUUCUCGUGGAUGCAAGGCUAUCAACGCCGGUGGUGGAGCGACGACUGUUCUUUUGGCCGAUGGUAUGACCCGUGGACCCUGUGUCGAGUUCCCCAAUGUUACCGAGGCUGGAGCCUGUAAGAGAUGGUUGGACACUGAGGAGGGUCUCCAGACCAUGCAGGAUGCUUUCAACUCGACUACCCGUUUCGGUCGCCUGCGCAAGCUCAAAGUUGCUGUUGCUGGACGUCUUGUGUACAUUCGCUUCUCGACUACCACUGGAGAUGCUAUGGGCAUGAACAUGAUCUCGAAGGGAUGCGAGCGUGCCUUGGAGAUCUUGGGCGACAAGUUCCCCUCGAUGUCGAUUGUGUCAUUGUCUGGAAACUACUGCACGGACAAGAAGCCCGCGGCGAUCAACUGGAUUGAGGGUCGUGGCAAGUCUGUCGUUGCUGAGGCCGUGAUCCCCGGAAAGAUUGUCGAGAAUGUCUUGAAGACCACAGUCAAGGCCAUGGUCGAGUUGAACUUGUCCAAGAACUUGAUCGGAUCUGCAAUGGCCGGAGCGAUGGGAGGAUUCAAUGCCCAAGCAGCAAACAUCUUGACGGCUGUGUACUUGGCGACUGGUCAGGACCCCGCCCAGAACGUCGAGUCGUCUAACUGUAUUACGUUGAUGAAGGCUAUCAACAACGACCAGGACCUGUUGAUCAGCUGCACGAUGCCUUCGAUCGAGGUCGGUACCUUGGGAGGUGGAACUGCCUUGCCUCCCCAGGCGUCGAUGUUGGAUCUGUUGGGUGUCCGUGGUUCGCACCCUGAGACCCCCGGAGCAAAUGCCCAGCGUCUGGCACGCAUCAUUUGCGCUGGUGUUAUGGCCGGUGAGCUCUCUCUUUGCGCUGCUCUCGCUGCUGGACAUCUCGUCAAGUCGCAUAUGGCCCAUAACCGCGCCCAGCCAACUAUCACCGCCGGUCCCUCUACCACUACAGCAUCAUCAUUAACAACAACUACAACCACCACAACCACAUCCUCAACAGCAUCACCAUCCACAGCAUUACUCCCAGCAUCAUCAGUAGCACCCAUCCUUGGAUCCUGCCUCAAGUCAUAA